AAUUUAUUCGGAAAAAGAAGUGAAUUUGGAAGAUGAAGAACCCAGGUUCUUCUCUUGCUACUUGCUUACCUCUAUUUGCCCCAGGUUCAAAGGCCACACUUAUAUUGGAUUUACAGUGAACCCUCAGCGUAGAAUUAGACAGCACAAUGGAGAGGUGAGGAUGGGUGCUUAUAGGACCAAGAAGAAGCGUCCUUGGGAGAUGAUUUUAUGCAUAUAUGGCUUCCCUACUAAUGUAUCCGCCCUCCAGUUUGAGUGGGCGUGGCAGCAUCCAGUAGAAUCCCGUGCAGUUAGGCAGGCAGCAGCAUCAUUUAAAACUCUUGGAGGAGUUGCUAAUAAGAUUAAAUUGGCAUAUACAAUGCUUACUCUCCCUGAGUGGAGAAGCCUAAAUCUCACAGUAAAUUUCUUCUCCACAAAAUACAAGAUGCAUUCAGCUGGUUGCCCCAGCCUCCCAGAGCACAUGAGAGUCCAAGUUUGUGCACUGGAUGAACUUCCCUGUUAUACAGGAAUUGACAGGGAUGAGUAUACAACCAACGAAUGGGACAAUAGUGAAGAAUAUGAGGGGAGCAGUGAAAAAUUAACAGACGGAAGAUCAACGGAUUCUAACAGUUCUUUUAGUAAUCAAGACAGGACCGAAGAAAAUGUCGAUGAACAUAUUGAUUGGAGAGAAGAACUUGACGAACAUGCUGAAGAAAAUAGCACUCCCGGUAGAGAGGAUCCUGAGCAUUCAUAUAUUAUCAUUGACUCCCCCGUGAGAACAUCAUCUUCAAUUCAAAGUAGUUCCUUUGAUAUAGCAGACAACAAAGACAGAUACGAAUUGGAUGAUGAAUUUGAUGGGAAGCUGGGCAAGCAGGCGAACAGGCUGUUUUCAACAAAAACAGAUGCCUGUCAUGAUCCAUUGCCAACCAAGAAUGCUGGUUUUUCUAGUGAAGUUGAGGUUAUUGAUCUUUUUACUCCUCCAUGCUACAAAGUUGCUGACAGCAAGAAAAGAAGACUUUCUACUACUUGUCCUGAAAUAAUAGACCUGACAGACUCACCUAUUUAUGUCUAAUGUACAAGCAUAAGGAUGCAAUGCUAGGGGAACAUGUGACUGAGAAUCUUUAAACCGGUGGACUGAAGUUGAUCCGGAAGUUAAUGAUCGAGAGGGGUGUGCGCAAAACACCUGGAUGCAGUUCAAUCGAGGUUGAAAAUAUUGUAUAUGAAUUCGUAGAUGGAGAUACUUCACAUCCUCAAAUUACUGUAUUCCUGAAUAAGAUUACGAAGGAACUAUAGGCUCAUGAAUAUGAACCAGAUACAACUUCCAUACUGGAA